CUCCACCAUUGACAAUAGUGCAGUGUUGAGGUAUCAUCGUCACAGUGUUUCUGUGCCACCUCAGCUUGAAUAAAACUACGCCUAACAUCAUGUCCUCGUCUUGGAGUCCUGCAUUUGGGUCCAGCCCCGCAUCGGAGGCUGUGGGGGGAGAUGAGGAGGCCGAUAUGGACGUGAGACUGACAUCUCUUAUCAAAUUGCUGCUGUUUGCUUCAAAAAAAAAAGAAAAGAAAAGAUGAACAUAUCAUCCUCAUCAUCCUCUUCGGGGUGCUGGUCCAGUACGACGACGAGGUGGACGCCAGGAAAUGGCACAUGGGCAACCACUCGGACUACAAUAACGACUUCUACUACCGCUACCCCAGCUUCCAGGACGUCCACGUGAUGAUCUUCAUCGGCUUCGGCUUCCUGAUGACCUUCCUGCAGCGCUACGGCUUCAGCAGCGUGGGCUUCAACUUCCUGAUAGCCGCUUUCUCCUUGCAGUGGGCCACGCUCAUGCAGGGAUUCUUCCACGGCAUGCACGCCGGAAAAAUACACAUCGGAGUUGAGAGCAUGAUCAAUGCCGACUUCUGUACGGGCUCCGUGUUGAUCUCCUUCGGGGCGGUCCUGGGCAAAACCAGUCCCGUCCAGCUCUUGGUGAUGGCGCUGUUCGAGGUCACUCUGUUUGCGGUGAAUGAGUUCAUUCUGCUCUCCGCCCUGGGGGCCAAGGAUGCAGGCGGCUCAAUGACCAUCCACACCUUCGGGGCCUACUUUGGACUGAUAGUGGCCCGAGUCCUGUACCGACCCAACCUGGACAAAAGCAAACACCGAAACUCCUCGGUGUACCACUCGGACCUCUUCGCCAUGAUCGGUACAAUAUACCUGUGGAUGUUCUGGCCCAGCUUCAACUCGGCCAUCACGGCCCACGGCGACGACCAGCACCGCACGGCCCUGAACACGUACUACUCGCUAGCCGCGUGCACGCUGGCCACUUACGGCAUGUCCGCCCUCACCGCGCACGACGGAAAGCUGGACAUGGUCCACAUCCAAAACGCGGCCCUGGCUGGCGGCGUUGCUGCAGGCACCGCGGGUGAAAUGAUGCUCACGCCCUUCGGAUCCAUGAUUGUCGGCUUCCUGGCUGGAAUUAUCUCCGUGCUUGGAUUCAAGUAUCUCUCGCCCAUCCUGGAGGAGAAGCUGAAGAUCCAGGACACGUGCGGCGUCCACAACCUGCACGGCAUGCCCGGCAUCCUCGGCGCCGUGGUGGGGGCCGUCACCGCCGCCCUGGCCUCCUCGGAAACCUACGGAGACGGCAUGGCCGACGUGUUCCCGGACGUGGCGAGCGGCGACGUGGAGGCGUCCUUCCAGGGCGUCCGGCAGGCCAUCUCCUUGGCGGUGACCCUGGGCAUGGCCAUCCUGGGGGGGCUCAUCGUCGGCUUCAUCAUGAAGUUGCCAGUGUUUGGUGCACCCCCUGACACUCUCUGCUACGAGGACAGCAUCUACUGGGAGGUUCCCGGGGCCGAGGAAGGCCAUGAGGACCAAUUGACAACUGUCAUAUCUGCAGAGACGGAGAAACUCAACGGCUAAACAAACCCGUACACGCACACACACACACACA